AAAAAUUUGACUUUGCUUGUGCAAAUCGCCCGUUCUAUUCUUCGUUUGCGUCAGCUCCCCCACUGUGCAGAUCUCUCCAGCGCUUAGCAUCGAGAAUUCACUACUCCAAGAUCCCGAGUACUGAUACCAUUGUUCCUUCAGACAACCAAGCCUCGAAGUCAAGAUGGCCGAGACUUUCGAAUUCCAGGCUGAGAUCUCUCAGCUUUUGGGGUUGAUUAUCAACACUGUCUAUUCCAACAAGGAGAUCUUCCUCCGGGAGCUUGUCUCCAACGCCUCCGAUGCGCUCGACAAGAUCCGGUACGAGGCCCUGUCCGACCCCAGCAAGCUGGACUCGUGCAAGGACCUCCGUAUCGACAUCAUCCCCGACAAGGAGAACAAGACCCUCACCAUCCGAGAUACCGGUAUUGGCAUGACCAAGGCUGACCUCGUCAACAACCUCGGAACCAUUGCCCGUUCCGGUACCAAGCAGUUCAUGGAGGCUCUGACUGCUGGUGCAGAUAUCUCCAUGAUUGGACAGUUCGGUGUCGGUUUCUACUCCGCAUACCUUGUCGCCGACAAGGUCACAGUCAUCUCCAAGCAUAAUGACGACGAGCAGUAUAUCUGGGAGUCGAGCGCUGGUGGCACCUUCAACAUCAAGCCUGAUACGGAUGGCGAGCCGCUCGGCCGUGGUUCCAAGAUGAUCCUGCAGCUGAAGGAUGAGCAAACCGACUUCCUCAACGAGAGCAAGAUCAAGGAGGUUAUCAAGAAGCACUCCGAGUUCAUCUCGUACCCCAUCUACCUCCACGUCAAGAAGGAGACCGAGACUGAGGUUCCCGACGAGGACGCCGAGGAGGUCGAGGAGGCUGACGACAAGAAGCCCAAGAUUGAGGAGGUCGAUGACGACGAAGAGGACAAGGAGAAAGCCAAGAAGACCAAGAAGGUCAAGGAGACUAAGAUUGAGCAAGAAGAGUUGAACAAGCAGAAGCCCAUCUGGACUCGUAACCCGCAGGAUAUCACCCAGGAGGAGUAUGCGGCCUUUUACAAGUCUCUCUCCAACGACUGGGAGGACCACCUUGCGGUUAAGCACUUCUCUGUGGAGGGUCAGCUCGAGUUCCGGGCUAUUCUCUUCGUGCCCAAGCGCGCUCCCUUCGACUUGUUCGAGACAAAGAAGACCAAGAACAACAUCAAGCUCUAUGUCCGCCGUGUCUUCAUCACGGAUGAUGCCACCGACCUCAUCCCUGAGUGGCUCAGCUUCGUCAAGGGUGUUAUCGAUUCCGAGGAUCUCCCGCUGAACCUGUCUCGUGAGACUCUUCAGCAGAACAAGAUCAUGAAGGUUAUCAAGAAGAACAUCGUCAAGAAGGCUCUUGAGCUCUUCACCGAGAUCUCCGAAGACAAGGAGCAGUUUGACAAGUUCUAUAGCGCCUUCUCCAAGAACAUCAAGCUUGGAAUCCACGAGGAUUCCCAGAACCGUGGCGUUCUUGCCAAGCUCCUCCGCUUCAACUCCACCAAGUCGGGCGAUGAGCAGACCUCGCUUGCUGACUACGUCACCCGCAUGCCCGAGCACCAGAAGAACAUGUACUACAUCACUGGCGAGUCGCUCAAGGCCGUCUCUAAGUCGCCAUUCCUUGACUCGCUUAAGGACAAGGGCUUCGAGGUUCUCUUCCUUGUCGACCCUAUUGACGAGUAUGCCAUGACUCAGCUCAAGGAGUUCGAUGGCAAGAAGCUUGUGGAUAUCACCAAGGACUUCGAGCUCGAGGAGACUGAGGAGGAGAAGAAGGAGCGGGAGGCUGAGGAGAAGGAGUACGAGGAGCUCGCCAAAGCCCUCAAGAACGUGCUCGGAGACAAGGUAGAGAAGGUCGUUGUCUCGCACAAGCUCGUUGGGUCCCCCUGCGCGAUCCGCACUGGUCAGUUCGGCUGGUCUGCGAACAUGGAGCGUAUUAUGAAGGCACAGGCCCUCCGUGACACUUCCAUGAGCAGCUACAUGUCGUCCAAGAAGACGUUUGAGAUCUCGCCCAAGAGCCCUAUUAUCAAGGAGCUCAAGAAGAAGGUUGAGACCGACGGUGAGGGUGACAAGACGGUCAAGUCGAUUGUGCAGCUUCUGUUCGAGACUUCGCUGCUUGUCUCGGGCUUUACGAUCGAUGAGCCCGCUGGUUUCGCUGAACGGAUUCACAAGCUCGUUUCCCUCGGCCUGAACCUCGAUGAGGAGCCGGAAGCCGAUGAGGCGACCCCUGCCACGGCUGACGUGCCUGCCGCCGAGACUGGCGACAGCGCGAUGGAGGAGGUUGACUAAACGAUGAACAUGACUGGGAUUUACGAAAAGUGCUUCGGAUGGAGUUGGACGGGUUUAGCUUUGACACUUUUUUUACCCACCUGCAUGCAUCAAUAUCUUAUUCCAUGAUUCCUUCACAGGCCUCAUUGCUCUGUACUCUUAAUUAAGUUAAGGCACGGGUGGGAGGUGUUAUCCAUGGUCUUUUAUAGGGCAUGAAUACAACACGGAAUUAGAUUUUGCAAUUAAUUAUCUUCUAACGA